AUGCCCGCUGGGCUCAACCAUCUUUACGGGACGCCGACGUCACCGCCCGCGGUGCACUCUGGGGCUCGUAGUCCCGCGCUCCUGAGGCGGCGAGGCCCCGACCGGCUUCAUCGACCGGCGGCGAUGGCGGCGGCCGUGGCGCCGGGCUUGGGAGAGCGCUGGUGGGCGGAGCUGCCUCACCACGCCGUGCUGUGCCGCUUGCGGGAGCAGGCCGACAAGGAGGCCGGGCCGGAGCCGGGGCCCGAGGCGUCGCGCCCGUCCCUCCCGCGGGACCUGUUGUUCGGCCUCGGCGGGGAGCUCUUCCUGUGGGACGGCGAGCGCGCCGCCUUCUACGCCCUCAGCCUGCGGGGCCUGGGCGACGAGCCCGACAGGCUGGGCCAGUACCAGACCCUGCUCUGCAUAAAUUCACCCUUUUUUGAGGUGUAUCAAACUGCACUGAGUCCUACACAGGAGCAUGUAGCUCUGAUAGGAACAAAAGGCUUGAUGGUGCUGGAGUUACCUAAACGCUGGGGAAAGAACUCUGAGUUUGAAGGUGGAAAACCAGUGGUUAAUUGUAGCACCAUCCCUAUUGCUGAAAGGUUCUUCACUAGUUCACCAUCCCUGACCCUGAAGCAUUCCGCCUGGUACCCCAGUGAGACACUGGACCCUCACAUUGUGCUCUUAACAUCUGACAACACGAUAAGGAUUUACAGCCUGAAUUCACCCCAGACACCUGUGAAAGUGAUUCAUCUUUCAGAAGCUGAUGAGGAGACUCUGAGGCUCAAUAAGGGGAGAGCCUACACAGCAUUGAUAGGAGAAACGGCAGUAGCAUUCGACUUUGGGCCCCUGGCAGCAGUCCCCAAGAACAUUGCUGGGCAGCGAGAGAAGGAGGAAGUGCUAGCGUAUCCUCUCUACAUCUUGUAUGAAAAUGGGGAGACUUUUCUGACCUACAUUAGUCUUCUGCACAGCAGUGGAAACCUUGGUCGGCUCUUGGGCCCACUGCCAAUGCAUCCUGCAGCUGAAGACAACUACGGGUACGACGCUUGUGCGGUUCUCUGCCUUUCAUGUGUUCCCAACAUCUUGGUGAUUGCCACAGAGUCGGGGCUGCUUUAUCACUGUGUGGUACUGGAGGGAGAAGAAGAUGAUGAACAGAUGUCUGUCAAAUCCUGGGAUUCAAGAACUGACCUCAUUCCGUCGCUCUACGUGUUUGAAUGUGUUGAACUGGAGCUUGCACUGAAACUGGCUUCAAGGGAAGGGGAGGAACCCCUGGAGUCGGACUUCUCCUGCCCAAUCAAAUUGCAUAGAGAUCCCAAAUGUCCCUCUCGAUAUCACUGUACACAUGACGCUGGGGUGCACAGCAUUGGAGUCACCUGGAUCAACAAACUUCAAAAGUUCCUUGACUCAGAUGAAGAAGACAAGGACCGUUUGCAAGAACUUGGAGCAGAACAGAAAUGCAUCGUAGAGCACAUCCUUUGCACAAAACCUCUGCCAUGCAGCCAAGCGGCCUCAAUUAUAGGGUUUUGGAUCGUCUCAGACAUUCUGGGUCCCACAAUGGUCUGCAUCACCAGGAGCUACGAAUGUGUCACCAAACCUCUUCUUUCUGCCAUCCACCCACCAUGCCCUCCGCUUCUGUGCACCAAGCAAGAUUCGCCGGUUACAGUCUCACCUCUCCGCAUCCUGGCCGAAUCACAGGAUUCCUUUGAGCGACACAUCCGAAAUAUCCUGGAUCGCAAUUCUGCUAACCCUCUCCUAUUGAAGUCUGCAGAUAAAGAAGUUUCCCCUCCCCCUGAAGAAUGCCUUCAGCUUCUCAGCAGAGCGACUCAGGUGUUCAGGGAGGAAUACAUUCUGAAACAGGACUUGGCCCGAGAGGAGAUCCAGCGAAGAGUGAAAUUGCUUCGGGAACAGAAAAAGAAGCAGCUGGAAGAUCUUGCCUACUGUCGAGAGGAAAGGAAAAGCUUGCGGGAGAUGGCAGAGCGAUUAGCUGACAAGUACGAGGAAGCCAAAGAGAAGCAGGAAGACAUUGUGAACAGGAUGAAGAAGGUACUGCGUAACUUCCACUCUCAGCUGCCUGUCUUGUCAGAUAGUGAAAAGGACAUGAAGAAGGAACUACAGACAAUCGAAGAACAACUGCGGCACUUGGGAAAUGCUAUCCGGCAAGUUAAAAUGAAAAAGGAUUAUCAGCAGAGAAAAAUGGAGAAGGGGACCAGUCCGCGGAAGCCUAGCAUCAACCUUAACACCUAUCAGAGGAAAUGCAUCCAAGCAGUUCUGAAAGAGGAGGGAGAACGCAUCCAGGCGAUGGUAAAACAGAUAAAUGAUGUCAGAAACCAUGUGACCUUUUAGAGCUGUCAUGAAUGGUGUAAAGCAAACUCGUGAAACAUGAAGGGAACGCAAACUGCCUUUCUCCUACUUUAUACGUUGGUUCCUUGUGUUAUUUUUUUAUAUAUAAAACAUCUCUGUUGUGAAUAAAUUCUUUUUUUGAAA